AUUUCCCAAUAGUGCAUUAUAGCUUUUGAGAUUGACGAACACUGCAAUCAUUCAGCUGUUCGUGUGAAUACACAUCGCUAUCAGUGUUCAAACAAACUGUUGGAUGUGCUAGCUAUAACAAAAGUUUAAGCUGAGAAGACGAGCGAAGUGCAGUUACAUAAAAGAUGGCAUUAGAAGCUGAUUUUGAUCUCAAAAAUGGAAUAAUAGAUAGUGAGACGCCUGUGAACUCUGAUCUGGCAGCCCUAUAUAAGCAGAGCUUCGCGUAUCAUACAUUUCGCGUACGUUCACCAGAAAUAUUGGCUUCAAUUGUUACUUCCUUAGCCGAGGACAAGGACGACUUAAUAGCCACAUAUGGAUCGGCCACAUGUGCGGACAUUGAGAAAAUUUCAGCUGACAUUACAAAAUUGCGCUCAGAUAUACUUGCAAAUGCCACUAUGUUACUCUUUAAGGACAAUGAGCCCGACACUGCCCAAUGGAAUGCAUUUCUGAAACAACUGCCGGCAGAGAAGCGCAGCUACUAUACUGCUUGUUGGCUAUAUGCUGAGUGCUAUAUGUAUCGGAAAAUCUAUUCCAUAUUUAGGGGAUCAGCCACGCUGGGCAGCUUUGACUACUUCAGGAAGCAAAAGCAUAAGUCUGCCGAGAUGAGCAUUGACGUUAUGGUGGCGGUCACUCGAGCCACUCGAGAAUCUGUUCGAAACGAGCGGACCUUCCAGAAGCUGCUGAAACUCAAUCUUUGGGGCAAUCGCUGCGAUUUGUCCAUAACAUCCGGCAAGCAGGUAACACCAAAAGAUGAUGCUUUCGAAAUCGUGGCAGAACUCGAUGCGAAUUUAUUGGUGGACCGAUCUGACUCUACAUGGAAGUCCCUCGAAAGCGCCUGCUCCGUCGACUCCAUUGUGGAGAUUAUUUUAGACAAUUCGGGCUAUGAGCUAUUUACCGAUUUGAUUCUUGCCGAGUAUAUAAUCGAUAAAGGACUUGCCUGCAAGGUACGCUUUAAUGUUAAGGCCAUACCUUGGUUUAUAUCAGAUGUUAUGGUCCAUGAUUACCACUGGAAACUAGAUUUCUUGGCUAAACAUGAAAACGAGUUGCUCAGGGAGCUGGGAAAGAAGCUGCAACUAUUUACAGCCCAGGGAAAAUUUGAGGUAGCGCCAAUGGAUUAUUACUGGACCUCUCCAUAUGAGUUCUUUCGCAUGCAGCAGAUGCAGCCGGCGCUCUACGAGCGUUUGGCGAAAGCUAAGCUACUAAUAAUCAAGGGCGAUCUUAAUUAUCGGAAAUUGAUUGGCGAUUACAACUGGAAUCACACCGAAGCAUUCGAGACAUGUCUGCGAGGAUUUCGGCCAACCAACCUGUGCACAUUGCGGACCAUAAAAGCGCACUUGAUAUGCGGCCUGCCGCCAGGAAAAUCCGAGGAAUUGUUUGCCAAGAACAAGGAAUGGAUGCUAACUGGCGAAUAUGGCGUCAUACAGUUUGCCAGCAACUGAGAGGGAUAAUUUGUGCCUAAUUCGUAGUUAACAAUUAUUAAUUAUUUCAAGGGAACUGUAAAAUUAUAUAUUGCUAUAUACAUAGUGGACUUAUCCGAACA